AUGCGCCCUCUGCAUGCAGGUCCCAAGCUGGUGCUGUCUGACGAAGACCGCCGCACGGUCGACACGCGGCCGGCGGCGGAGUUCUAUGCGACGCCGCGCAUCGGCGUGAAGCAUGCGGAUGAUGCCUUUCUGAAGCGGGUGUCAGAUCUGGCGGCUCAAAUCAAUCUGAUCGGGCACGGCAUCAAUGCGGAUGAGCUGCAGGCUAACAAGGACUUGUCGAGCUGGUUUGUGCAGGACUUGGACGAGAGCCCCGCACUGAGUGACAUCGGCAAGGGGGCGGUCGACGCAGUGCUGUGCUGCAACUCGGUCUACUAUUUGGCGCGGCUUGAGGAGGUCACGGCAGAGGUGGCGCGCGUGCUGGUGCCCGGCCGCGGCGUGUUUGUUGUGACUCUUGGAGAGGACUGCUACCGCGCACGUGCGCUUGCCGGCAUGCUGGCGCGCACCCUGGAUGAGCGGGCAGACCUCGUCACAAGGGUGCUGCUCGCCAACGGCUUCGCGACAGUGCGCCUCAUAACGGACGCGGCCCUCGGUCUCCGGGCCCUCGUCGCCACGGCCGCAUCGCCCGCCGCCAGCCCUCGGGCCCCGUACAUUACCCCGGACAACGUGGCCGACGUCCUGUGGGCGCCCGCCCUCACGCCGCUGUCCGCGGCCGUCGCGGGCGCGGGCGCGGGCGGCGCUGGCCCGCGGGACGGCGCGCUGGCGGUGCUGCAGUGGCGGGCGGCGUACGGCGCCCUGUGUGCGGACGCGGAGGAGCUGGGAAUCCCGCGGUCUGUCAUCCCAAAACUGCCCCAGGACGACGCUGAGAUCACUCUGACACUGGUGCAGGAGCGGCAGGCGUACCUGCAGGGCAUGGUGGCCUCGUUCCUGAGCUCUGGGCUGUGA